GAAUUUGUUCAGUUAUCGAAUUUCUCUUGUUAGCUCAUUUCUCGACCAAUAUCCCUUCAUACCUUAUCUUCACAAUCAUCAUUAUCGAAAUUUGGACUCAUUCAAUUAUAACUUCAAAAUAAACAUUCAUUAUGAAACGAAAUAGUGAUGUAUCGACAGAAUUAAACCUAGAGAAUUUGAAAGAAUUAGCAUCAACUUAUGUGGAUUGCUUACAAAACAAACCGACACCGGCAUCAAGUUUUAUAAGUAAAAUGAUGAGAAUAGAAUAUGAAUUAGAUAAAAAUGAUGACAGAUUAUUCGCAAUAUAUUUAAAACUCUGUGGCAAUAACCAUCAUUUGGAUGCCAUUCAAUUGACUAGUGUUGAUCUGACACCGUUGUGUAUGGCUUUAUCCCUUAAACCAUGUAUUACAAUGUUGGAUUUACGCUACAAUUUUAUUAAAGAUGAAGGAGUCGAAAUAUUAUGUGAAUUCUUAAAUGUAGAUAAUUUGUUAGAAGAAUUAAAUCUAAUGUGUAAUGAUAUCACAGAGAAAGGUGCACAGUUUCUUGCUAAUUCUUUAAAGAAUAACAGAAAUUUGGUUAUCUUAAAAAUGACUGGGAACCCAAUCGGCUCUAAAGGAGGUCUAUACUUUGCUCAAGCGCUACAAAUAAACGAUACACUUGAAUUCAUAGAUCUUGGAGAAUGUGAUCAGGAUAUAACUAGUUGUAUUGCAUUUGCUACUGUAUUGAAAAGUAAUAACUCAAUUAUUGGGAUUAAUCUAAAUCGACAGAUAUCAUGGACGUUGCAAGAAGAAUCAACUGUACAUUUUGCUGAUAUGCUAUGUAUUAAUAAAACUUUAAAAGAAUUACACUUAGCGAAAUGUGAUAUGCGUGAUUUUGGAGCGGCACGUUUAGCUGAAGCAAUGGAACGUAAUGAUACAUUAGAAUUAUUAGAUAUAAGCGCCAAUCGUAUUUCACGUGAUGGAGCCAUUUUAUUAUCCAGAGUAAUCAGCAUGAACUGCCCAUUGGUCGUUUUGGAUCUGGCAUUCAACCGAAUUCAGUGUAAAGGAGCUAUGGCUUUAGCAGAUGCAUUGGUCUAUAAUACACAUUUAAAAGUUCUUGCAGUACAGUUUUGUGAGUUAAAAGGGCCCGGACUUUGUGCAUUGGCUGAAUCAUUGAUUACAAAUCUUACUUUGGAGUGUAUUUAUAUUUGGGGGAAUGAACAUGAAGAAUCAGCGUGUAAAGCAUUCGCUAAUUUAAUCUGCAUAAAUCGUUUACUAGAAAAUUGCACUGAUAUAAGACCUUAUAUUGUUGAUGGUAGGACUUAUUUAGCUUACUUACCUCAUGAUUGUACUUAUAGGCAAUAUCGAUUUUCUGUGCCUUGGUGGAAAUUUCAAGCACCAACUGAUCGAUCGAUUGCACUUUCUUAAUGUCAUUUCAUUGAAAUUAUAUCAUUCUUAAGUUGUUGUUGUAUUUCUUCACAAUAUUAUUUUUAUUAUCAUUCAUUUUUUUUUACCUAAUUGUUUCUUAUUAUUCUUAGAAUUAAUUAAUGAAUUAAUGCGCCUUUGAUAAUGUUGAAUUUUUCGCCUUUGCAAUUAAGAUUAUUUUUAACAUUAUGAUUCACAUUUGUAUUUUAUUUCAAUGUAAUUUUGUUUAGAUAUUAUCACAUUGAAGACGAUUUUAUUUAUCUUCAUUUAUCUUAUUUGCAAAUACCAUUUAUCUAUCUGUAGCAUAAACUAGAUUAUGCUACUGAUAUACUUAAUACAUAUAUAUAGACAAAAUAACAAUAGAUGCAUCGUUCUGUUUAAAUUCUGUAGGUAGUUGAAUUUAGUUAAUUACAUAUAGUAUUUACAGCUUUAUUUGAAGUACCAGUUGCAGUGAUUAUGCGUUAAAGGUUGGAAAUAUAUGUAACUAAUUCAGUUUGAUGCUGCUGAUAGUAUUGCGUUAUUUGAAUGAAUUUGUUCAUUAGUAUAGUUUUUGUUGUCGUUCUGAAUAAACAACAAAGCUUGCACCCUAAGGAAUUUAUUUUGAUCGAGAUUUCUGAUUCAUUUGUAAAGAGAAAAGUGCAUUUAAGAUCCAUU